UGACAUCAGCUUCAACUUGCUUGACAAAUAACUUCAAAAUGCCUAUGAAAGGCCGCUUCCCGCUAAGGCGGACGUUACGGUACCUGGAACAAGGCCAUGUACAUUUAAAAGAUACCGUCAAAAUUGUGACAAUCAAUUAUAAGACUCAUGGAGACUUCAGCGAAGGAACAAGAGACUUUGUCUUCUACAACUUGCCUCAGCUUCAAUACAAGAAUCCCACCGUUCAGAUGAAGACCUUCCAGAAUAUUACACCAUCACCGUACAUUAGAUGUUUUUUGGAUGACGGGAAUGAUGUCUUGAUUGACACCGACAGUAAGAGCAAUCUAGAGAUCCUAGAACACCUAAACAAAGUGCUGGGAAAAUCAGAAGAGGUACUGGAGAGGGAACGCAAAGCCCAAGAGCGGCAGUCCAACCCGGCCCACUUUGGUUCCGGUCACCGUAGGAGGUGCAUAUGCGAGAUCCCAGGCCAGGUCCCCUGCCCAGGAAAGGUUUCCCUGCCCAAGGAGCUGCGGGGCAAAUACCGCGAUUUGAAAGCGGACAGUCUCAAGCCGCCGCGGGGUGUGCGGCCUGAUUCAUAGCACAUGGAUACCUGUACAGGACCUGAUGACAAGGAGGAACGUUGAUGUUUGACAUUUUGAUUGAGCUUCUUCGACUGAAUCAGUGUGUGAUGUUGGCCUCUGAUGGUCACAGUUGUGUACCCAUAGAGGAGGCAGGAGGCAGAGAAUAGAUGAAGCAGGAGAGGGUUGGGGAGGCUUGAGCCUCCAGGACCAAAAGGGGGAGGGGGGAAGAAGCCUAAAGACAAUAUUGUACUCCUUUGACUUUAGUGUCAAUUUCACAAUAGAAACCGGAGGUCUAAAAUGCAAUAUGUAUGUUAUCAUCUCCAACCUACUUUCAGAUUUGCUUGUAAAGUUCUACCUCUCCAAUGUCAAUACAGCAUGUGCCUUUUGUGGUCAACCAUCGCUAAUAUACACAUGCUUUUUUAUGUAGGUUGACUCCAGAUAUGGGUGGAAAUAUUUCUUAUUAGCAGGCAGACAAGCUGGAUUCAUAAGCAGUAGGGGAAGUGUGGGAUUGUUUGUAACAGUUUGAAGCAUCCAAGGUGGCAGUUAUCUUUUCCUGAAUUGUGUUCAAUGAAGUCCUGUUGAUCGAUGGAAUAAAUUUCACCUUUUCUCUGAUUCGUGCACAUGGUUUGCUCAACAACUCAUUCACCUUAUCAUAGGAUCAUAUCAGAUCACAUCAGUGGUUCUCUAGCACCCGGUUGUAAUAAGCACACGCGGCAUUUACUGCAAUCAUGUGGCGCAGAGAAGGAGUAUGAGCUGAAAAAAAACUACAGGUUCUAAUGAAUAAAAUUUAAAAAAACACAAACAAAACGUUCUAAAUAAAAACAUCAACUACACGUUCCAAUAAAAACAUCAAAAACACAUUCCAAAUAAAAACACCAAUUACAUGUUUUAGUUAAAAUACACAUGUACAUGUAGGAUUUCCCGGCUGUUUUAAAAGAUUUUUUUUCAUUCAAUUUCACCAACUCUAUCAUUUAAUUUCGUACACGAAAAAUUUCAAACGCUUUUAAACAAAACCAAUUUAAUCACUUGCCAUUCAAAAGCUUUAUUAUACUUCACAUGCAGCUUAUUAAUAAUCACGUACAAUGUAGAAAUUACUUAGUAGAAAGUCUAAAUUUACACCUAUUUGUGUACUGAAGUCAUUCCCCUGAGUCCAAUUCCAUACAAAUGAAAACAAAUUUUGUUAUACUUGGACAUCAUUUCCCUUUCCUUUAACCAGUGCCCUGAUCCGCUGUAGCCCCGCAACUUCCUGAGUUGUAUAGAUGUCUUUCACUUUCGUUUUGAUCACAUUGUCAACAAUUGAAAAGUUUUCCCCAGUGACACCCAACAUAGUCACUGACUCAGAAAAAUAGGUGAUUCCAACACUGCAGAAAAAAAAUAUAUAUAUAUGUGGUUUCUUCUUCUUCAUUUAGAUUAGGCCUUUUAGAGUCUGGCACUCCCCACUUGAAACUCUGGCUUUCAUUAAAUGGUACUCCUAGGAUUUUUCAUUUAAUAUAAAAAACCUGCUACAAAUGCAGAAAAGAUUGCUCAAAUAUCACUUAUUUACAGAAACUGGUAUUAGCUAAUUGGCAAGUUAAAUAUAAAAAUCCAUUUGUUUUUUAAUCUUUGCUAAAAACUA